GUCUGCGCCUGCGCAAAGACUAGGGUGCCGGCAGGUGAUUCCUGCGCACGCGCAUUGCCCGAGGUGACAGGCGGGAGGCCGGCGCUGGCCCAGAAAAACCCAACAAUGCUGUUUUCAAGGACAAGACCUUUGAGCGUCGUACGGAUUGUACAAACUCAGGUUAUUCAGAGGAGUUUCUGGGGAUGGCUGAAUGCCGUUUUCAACAAGGUGGAUCACGAUCGUAUCAAGACUGUUGGUCCGGACAGAGCAGCAUCUGAGUGGUUACUUCGAUGUGGCGCCAGUGUGCGUUACAAAGGUUUUGACAAGUGGCAGAAAGAUUACAAUCACCUACCUACUGGUCCUUUGGAAAAAUUCAAAAUUGAAGCAAUUGAUGCGACAGAAUCAUGCAUUAUGUUCAAUGGAUUUGAUUAUCUUGAUCAUCUGGAACAUGUUGAGGAGAUUAAGUUUGAGAGAUGUAUCUACAUUCAAGAUGAAUGUCUCGAGAGGCUCUGCAGGAUAGAAAAUUUGCAAAAAAGCCUGCACCGUCUCAAAAUAAUUUCCUGUGGAAAUGUCACAGAUCGUGGAAUCAUAAGCCUUUACCAUCUUAAAAAUUUGAGCUACUUGUUUCUGAGUGAUCUCCCCGGCAUAGAAGAGAAAGAACAAACACUCCAGGUUCUACAGAAAGCUUUGCCAGCCUGCGAGGUGCAAGCUGACCUUCAAUAAAACUUGUUCUCAAAUUUGCAGAGUGUAACCAAUGUCUGCAAAUAAGUGAAGGUAGACAUAAAGAGCUGGAGUAACUCUGGAGCAUCUCUGGAGAAACGGAGUAGGAGACCCAAAACCCAAUCCCUUUUCUCCAGAGAUGCUGUCUGACCCGCUGAGUUACUCCAGCUGUUUGUGUCUAUCUUCAGUUUAAACCAACAUCUGCAGUUCCUUCCUACACAUCUCGCUUGCAAAUAAGUGGGUUGGUUACAAAUGCAACUGCCGAAAAUCUCGCAUAAUUCGUUUUUGCAUUAUUUAGACGUUAAAUUAUGAUGAAGUCACUGUGUUCAGGUAAGACAAAAACUAACAAGGGGCUUUAAAUUACAUUUAAAAUGCAAGUUGACUUAAUCCACCCUAUUAUUCUGAAAAAAUGGCCAAUAAUGUAUCUGUGAAAGUAUACUGCAAAAGUGAAAUGUAUGAAAUAUUCAUAAAUAAUACUGGAAAUA